GACGAAAAAGCGUUGCGGACGGAUACCAGUUAAAAUCAAGAUGGCAGCGCCCACAGGUUUGGCGAUUUUGGAAGGUGUAAAUAGAUUUUUGAAUACAGCUAGGUAUAAAGAGGCUUUGGCGGUUAUUAAAGGCCUGAGAAAUGGAGCAGUGUAUGGUGUUAAAAUCAGGGCUCCGCAUGCGCUGGUUAUGACAUUUCUGUUUGGAAAAGGAAGCUUUCGUCAACAAGUCAUUUCUAUCCUGAGAGCCACCUACACACAUUCAAAGAACCUAGCAUUCUAUGUAUUUUUGUACAAGCUGAUGUUGUUCAUCAUGCGAUGGGCGGAAGGGAAGGCCCAUCACUUACACCCGCUAGUGGCAGGAUUCAUCGGGGGUUAUCUUAUCUUCGGCACCAAUGACAAAAUCAAUAGUCAGAUCAACAUGUAUCUGCUCUCCCGGAUCCUAUUUGGUUUUGCCCGCCUGGCCGUCAAGAAGGGCGUGAUUUCUCAGCCCAAGAGGGACCCCUUUCCCAUCUUCGCCGCCGUCGUCUGGGCAAUAGUCAUGUGGCAGUUUGCGAGCCACCGAGAGGUCUUGCAGCCCUCGCUGCAAAACUCCAUGACGUAUCUGUACCACGAUUCCAACGUGUGGCACGGCCUGAAGGACUUCCUCUGGCACAACAGGCUAUGAUUACCACGGAAACUUGAUAAUUAUCAUAGAGAAAGGCGAUAUCUCUAGGACCAUUUACAGCCAACUCUCUUUAAUACAAACUCAACUGGACCUACCCAAAAUGUUUGUUAUAAUUAUCAGAAUUUUGUAUUAAGUGAAGUGCCCAUCCCAUUCAUUGUGCACAUAAAGCACCGUCGUCGGGACCAAGUAUUUAUGUUUGCUAUAAUCAGAAUUUGUACGAACAGUGUUUGUAUUAACAAGAGUCGACUGUAUUUUCAAGUUUGAAUGCUCGGAACAUUUCCUCCGGCCGGGCGAAAUGCCUUUUCGAAUAAACAAGCCCUUGAUUCUGAAUACAGCUUGGAGAUGCCAGAUUAUGAAUCCUUAACAUUAACAAGAGAGGGCGCUAUGCAACCUUACAGUUAGCGCAUGUGGAGGACACUUGGCUGGUACACGCACACCGUUCACUGUUUUAUAAAACCAACGUAUACCAGUGCGCACCAGGCAAGAUGGCACCCAGUGGUCCUUCAAUAUUAGAACAUGUGAAUUUUAAUGUAUUCUUGAGAGCAUGUGUUCUGCAUGGUCACCAUUUUGUUUUGUUUUGUUUUUUGGGGAACAUGGGGGGGGGGAAUUUGGUCUCAUAAGUUUGGGAGUUGGAUGGAAUUGGAAUAAGGUGUACGAGAAGAAUGUGUUGAGAUGCUCCUUUAAGUUUCUCGUUAGGAAUGUUGUAAUUAUGAUGAGGUAAUCCUUGGAGUUUUGCAAAAAAAAUUCCUUUAUGUCUAUGGUUUCCCAAUAUAUACGGUCUUUUUAUUAAGAUUGUAUUGAAAUGCCUUAUAUUCUGUGAAAACGCCAACAAAGCUUUAUGUUGAGCUGAAUGUAAACUUAAAUAAUAAGGACCAAGUUAUCAAUUUUGUCGGUUGUAAAAAAGUAAAAGUGUGAACUCUGUGCAGAUUGGUAGUCUGCAACUGGGCACCAUCUGUGACAUGCUGUUAGCCAAAUACAGACAGAAUCCAUUUAUUUAAAGCUUUGUGAUGUUUAGCUAUGCACAAAAUAUUUUGCACAGGGUGUUAUAGGUCAAACAUCUUUCGUAUUUCUCACAUUUGUUACCCCAAAAUGCAUUUCUUUUUGUUAAAAUGUUAGUGUUUUAUCGAGGGGCAUGUUAGGGGCUAGAAUCAUAAUUGUAAUUAUUUUGAGAUGUGUCAAUCAGUCAAUCACAAGAUAAUCACAAGUUAGUCACACAAAAAAAAGAUGAACAUUAACAAUGGCAAUGAAUUUCAGAGCUUGAGUGUUCAUUUGAGAUCAUGACUGACUACUAAUUGAUAAGUUAGGCCCUUUGAUAACUUGAAUGUGUUAGAAAUUAAACAAUUGCUAAUUAUUUAUAUAUUAUCGUAUUGUUUUGUAUGGGAUGCACUAAUAACCGAACCGAUUUGGAGGGUUUUAGAAAGAAUUUAUUAAGUGCUUUUAUGCAGCCUCCACCACUUUUUUUCUUUCUCGUAUCAUUUCCCAAGUAUUGUAAUUAUUGUGUAAUUUAUUUUACUGGAUACGAUGUAUAAUUGGUUAAAAUGCCAAAAAAAAUUGAACUUGUAAAUUUGCUAUUUUUAGAAAAAGUUCUAGAAGGUAUAUAAAUAACUAGAGAAAAAUUUUUGACCCAAAA